AUGCCCACUGAUGGGCCACUAAACCCAGAGUCGGAGGAGUUUCUCCAGCUCCGUCCAGCCUUUUGGAUCGGCCAGCACGACUCGUCCAGGGUCGACGCUCUUACUGAUGGCCACUACGAUCAGAUCCUCAACUCUGGGUUCGGGUUUGCUACUGCGCCCAUCACCAAUGAGCAUUUCCACCAGCGGGCCAAGGACCUCUACAGGGCUCAUCUGAGUGAGCUUCAGGCAUCAGGGCUCUCGGCCAAGGAGAAAACAAACCCGUCUCUACCAGGCCCCAUCUUGCCCACGCUCACCGACAAGGACAGUAGCCUAGGCCCGUGUCCUUACAUCGGCAAUGUGCUGGCAUACUCCAGCCCGUGGAUCGACCUCGGCUCCUCUGACCCCAUCGUCGCGAGCAUCUCUCGUCAGGCCCUGAACCUGGAGGUUGCCUUUGCCAACUGGUGUGGUGUGCGAAGUGUCAUUGUUCCUGGUCCCAGGAGGGAUGAUGACGCAAGGGCUAUUGCUCAGUUUGCACGAGCCAUUCAGGAGUCUUUCGACGUGGCCACCCGGGUGAACAUCAUCAUCCACAUCCCCAUGUACCGUGAGCCAGGCCUGGAGGAGAGAGCUGCACUGUUAUCGACCGAGCUGCUCGGACAGGAGGGCGAGGAGGAGGAGGAAGAGGUUGAUCUUUUCGGUGCAUGGGACACCUGGCACACGAUCCGGUCAGUCUGCAACUACGCGAACAGAUUAUAUGUUGCUCUCAGAAUACCCAGAAGGCUUCCAGAGAUGGAACUGCAGACGCGCUGGUUUGCUGAGCCCCUCCACUACCUGACGCUUGGGCCCAACACGUUCCAGCCCAAUAAGACAGGCAACCCUUCCCUCUCACGUCACCACCAGGACCUGAUCUCUACGUAUAUGCGCCUUAAGACGGCCCCCUGGUUCCUCCUCUGCGACGUAGGUCCGUCCAAGACAGAGCUGGACACCGCCGUCCUCACAGCAGAAACCCUCCAGUCCGACUUUCCCUCGCUUGCCGACGCCGCGCACAGCACCGCCCUGGCCAGGAGUCUGCCGGGCCUGACACCACACAUCAUGUACAUGAAUCACCUGCAGCGGCAACAGGAGCCCUACACGCGGCUGGAGACGGAGACCCUGACUAGCUUCCAGGACUGGCUGCAGUCGCCGCUCCAGCCGCUCUCGGAUAACCUCGAGUCCGCCACGUACGAGAUGUUUGAGGGUGACCCGGUCAAGUACGACCUCUACGAGCAGGCCAUGUACGAGGCCAUGAGCGAGUGGAAAGUCCUCGGAAAGCCCACCAGCAGCGCUACCGCCUCGAACGACCUGGUCGUCACCGUUGCCGGCGCAGGCCGCGGCCCGCUCGUGACCCGCGCCCUGCGCGCCAGCGAGAGGAGCGGCGUGCCGAUCCAGCUCUGGGCGGUCGAGAAGAACCAGAACGCCUACGUCUACCUUCUGCGGCAGAACGCCACGGCGUGGGGCGGGCGCGUGCAUGUGAUCAAGACAGACAUGCGCGACUGGGCCGGCCCCGUCGAAAGCGGCGGCACGGGCAAGGUUGACAUCCUGGUAACGGAGCUGCUGGGCUCCUUUGGCGACAACGAGCUGUCGCCCGAGUGCCUGGACGGCAUCCAGCGGCACAUUGCGCGCCCGCACGGCCUCUCGAUCCCGGAGAGCUACACGGCGUGGCUCAGCCCCAUCGCAACGCCGCGCAUCCACGCGCACCUCCGCACCACCGUGCUGCCUGGCGAUGCCAACGCCUUCGAGACGCCGUGGGUCGUGCGCCUGUACCAGAUGGACCUUGUGGCGCAGCGCGUGCCCGGGCGGCCGCGGUUCCAGCAGGCUUGGGAGUUUGUGCACCCGGUCUGGGGCUCGCUGCAGGAAAAGUGGGAGGCCAAGGAGGCCCCCAAACCCAUGCCCCGGACGCUCGGGGGCGGCGCCAUGAACAACGCAGGCGGCCUGAACGAGCACAAUGCCAGGCACUGCCACCUGACCUUCUACUGCCGGCCUCGCGGCGUGAUACACGGGCUGGCUGGGUACUUUGAGUCGACGCUGUACACGCCGCAGACGGGCGGUGGCGGCAAGGAGCUGGUGGAGCUGAGCAUCCUGCCGGACCAGAUUGACAAGAAGAGCAGGGACAUGGUGUCCUGGUUUCCCAUCUUCUUCCCACUCAAGCAACCGCUCUACUUCCCUCAAGACUCGGAGUUAGAGAUCAGCAUGUGGCGGCAGACGGACGAUACGCGCGUGUGGUACGAAUGGAUGGUCGAGGCGUACACGUGGGUGGGCGCCAAGACGAGAGUCAAGGUGGGCGCGUCCGAGAUGCACAGCAGCAAGAAGGUUGCGUGCCUAAUGCAAUAG